UCCUCCCUCCCUCCCGCCGCCGCCUGGGCUCCCUUCGUCCGCAACUUCCUGCCGAGUGCUGGGGAGCCGCGCGCGUGUUGGGGACCCCCGAAGUCCGGUGCUCGCAGCGGGAGGAGGCUGGGACCGCGGGGCGGCCAGCCGUGGGCGGGAGUGGCCGGCGGCCCCAGCCGCUUCCGAGAGCGACUUUCAAACUCGGCGCCCGCUUCGCGGCGGCGCCACCUGGGCAGCCCCGCGCGCCCUGCGCGUCGCGAGCCGGCGGGGCGGCCACGGCUCGAAUCUCCCCGAGGUGACAGUCCCAGGCAGCGAUGCCAGGAUGCCCGUCUCUACUGCCCUCCACCAAGAUGGCAGCCAGGAGCGGCCACCGAGCCUGAUGUCCACCACUUCCUCAUCUGGCUCCUCUCGUGACAGCCACAGUGCCAUGGAGGAGCCCGCCAGCUCAGAGGCUUCAGCCCAGAACGGGACAGGCUCCCCUUGGGGCCGGCAUGUUCCCAACAGCAACAACAACUCCAGCGGCUGGCUGAACAUGAAGGGACCCCUCUCCCCAUUCAACGGCCGAGCAGGGACGGGUCCUGCCCAUCACAAGCUCAGCUACCUGGGCCGGGUGGUACGAGAGAUUGUGGAAACAGAGCGCAUGUAUGUGCAGGACCUGCGGAGCAUUGUGGAGGACUACCUCUUGAAGAUCAUUGACACUCCCGGGCUCCUGAAACCAGAGCAAGUCAGCGCCCUCUUUGGGAACAUAGAGAGCAUCUAUGCACUGAACAGCCAGCUUCUCAGAGACCUGGACAGCUGCAAUAGUGACCCUGUGGCUGUGGCCAGCUGCUUCGUGGAAAGGAGCCAAGAGUUUGAUAUCUACACUCAGUAUUGCAACAACUACCCCAACUCAGUGGCAGCCCUGACAGAGUGCAUGCAGGACAAGCAACAGGCCAAGUUCUUCCGGGACCGGCAGGAGCUGCUCCAGCACUCCCUGCCUCUGGGCUCCUACCUGCUGAAACCUGUCCAGCGCAUCCUCAAGUACCACCUGCUGCUCCAGGAAAUUGCCAAACAUUUUGAUGAAGAAGAGGAUGGCUUCGAGGUGGUAGAGGAUGCCAUCGACACAAUGACAUGUGUGGCCUGGUACAUCAAUGACAUGAAGCGGAGGCAUGAGCACGCAGUUCGGCUACAGGAGAUCCAGUCGCUGCUCAUUAACUGGAAGGGGCCAGACCUGACCACCUAUGGAGAACUGGUCCUGGAAGCCACCUUCCGCGUGCACCGCGUACGCAACGAGAGGACUUUCUUCCUCUUUGACAAGAUACUGCUCAUCACCAAGAAGCGGGGCGACCACUUCGUCUACAAGGGCCACAUUCCGUGCUCCUCGCUGAUGCUGAUCGAAAGCACCAGAGACUCUCUCUGCUUCACCGUUACCCACUAUAAGCACAGCAAGCAGCAGUACAGUAUCCAGGCCAAGACAGUGGAGGAGAAGCGGAGUUGGACUCACCACAUCAAGAGGCUCAUUCUGGAGAACCACCAUGCCACCAUCCCCCAAAAGGCCAAGGAAGCCAUCUUGGAAAUGGACUCCUAUUAUCCCAGUAGGUACCGCUGCAGCCCAGAGCGGCUGAAGAAGGCGUGGUCCUCCCAGGAUGAGGUGUCUACGCAUGUGCGCCAAGGUCGCCGGCAGUCUGAGCCAACCAGACACCUGCUCCGGCAGCUGAAUGACAAAGCCAGAGCAGCAGGAAUGAAGCAUGCAGGCAGUGCCGGAGCCCUCCUGGACUUUGAGCAGCCGCCCCGUGCCCGGGGCCUGCAUCCAGAGGCUGAGGGGGCUGCCACGGAGGAGCUGGAGGAAGAGGAGGAGAUAGUGGAGGAGGAUGACCAGCAGCAGCAGACCUUCCCAGUCUCCCUGGAGGACUUGGCAGGGCAUGAAGGCAGUGAGAAGGUGCCUGGGCCAGAGCUCCCAGGCUCAGAGGAGGAAGAGGAGGAGGAGGAGGAGGAGAGUCUAGCAGUGGCCGAGCAGGUAGCUGACUUUGCCAGCUCCCUGCUGGCUGCCCUCCACUGCUGGCACUAUCGGGCCAACGCUUUACUUUUCUCCCGGGGUGCUAUGGGGAAGAGACACAGGGAGUCUGAAGACUCGAAAAGCUGCAGAAGGCCCAGCAACCGGUCUCCAACCAGUGCGGAGAAACGCAUGAGCUUCGAGUCUGUUUCUUCCCUGCCAGAGGUUGAGACAGAUCCUGAGCCUGGGGCCGAGCAGGAGGCCUUUACUGCCUUGGAAGAUCCCAGCACUGAGAUGCCUUCAGACCCAGAAUCUCCAGAAGUUCUGGAAACACAGCUUCAUGGCCCCAAGGGGCCGCUGGGGGUAGACGACCCGGUUGAUGCGGUGAACUUUGUGGAGGCUGAGGGCACUGAGGACCUGAAGGCCCUGAGUAGUGAGGAGGAGGAAGAGGAGGGAGCCACCCAGGAGCCCGAGAGCCUCCUGCCACCCUCAGUGCUAGACCAGGCCAGUGUCAUUGCUGAGCGGUUUGCGAGUAGCUUCUCUCGGCGGAGCAGCCUGGCAAUGGAGGAUGGCAAGUCCAGUGGCCUUGGGACACCGCGGCUUAUCAGCCGGAGCAGCAGUGUGCUCAGCCUGGAGGGCAGUGAGAAGGGCUUAGCCCGGUGGGGCAGCACCGGGGACUCCCUCAGCAACCCACCCACCCCUGAAGUGGCCAUCAGUGUAGACGUGGUCACGGACAAUGGCCCUUCUGUCAAUGGGACAGAAUCUUCAAAUGUAGGCUCAGGCUGCCCUGCAGAACCGGACAGAUCUUCCUGCAAGAAAAAGGAAUCGGCGUUGUCCACCCGAGACCGGCAGUUGCUGGACAAAAUUAAGAACUACUAUGAAAACGCAGAGCACCACGAUGCGGGCUUCAGCAUCCGUCGGCGGGAGAGCCUCUCCUACAUCCCUAAAGGAUUGGUGCGUAGCUCCGUGUCCAGGUUCAACAGCCUUCCCAAGCCAGAUUCAGAGCCAGCAGCUCCGGUUGGGUACAAGAGGCCAGGGAGUUCUCGGCCAGCCUCAUGGGCCUUGUUCGACCUCCCAGGACCCAGCCAGUCAGGCACAGGGGACCUAGCUCCUGUCACAGAUGCCGAGUUCCGCCCAUCUUCAGAAAUUGUGAAGAUGUGGGAGAGAAUGGAGUCUUCGGAGAGGAGUCCACGAACGGGGCCUGGCCAGAGCCAGGCCAAUGGCUUUGAGCUGCAAGAGCCGCUGUUCAUCUUGGAGGAGCAUGAGCUGGGGGCCAUCACUGAGGAGUCUGCCGUUGCCUCUCCGGAAAGUGCCUCCCCCACUGAGCAGCCCAACCCGGCCCACCUGGCCCGGGAGCUGAAGCAGCUGGUGAAAGAGCUGAGCAGCGGUGUCCAGGGGGAGCUGGUGACCCCACUGCACCCCCGGAUUGUACAGCUCUCCCAUGUGAUGGACAGCCAUAUGAGUGAGCGUGUCAAGAACAAGGUCUACCAGCUGGCCCGCCAGUACAGCCUCCGAAUUAAGAACAUCAAGGCAGCGAGGCCACCUCUGCAGUGGGAUAAAGCAACUCCUGACAGAGAUGAGCAGAUCCCCACCACCUCUGGCCUGCCCGAGGAAGCUGGAGAGUUGUCGGGGGGCAAAGCCAGGAGGAGGCCUGUGCUAUCCCUCCUCAGCUAUGAGCAGCUGAUGGCGCAGGAGCGUGGCACCUCCAAGUCAUCCUCUGCUGCGGAGACCUCCCCACGCCGAUUCUCCCUCAGCCCCUCUGCACUCAGCCCAAGAACCGCCUCCCCCGGGUCCCGGCCCUCCACUCGGAGCCCCCUCAGCCCCUACGACACUGAGACCUUCAACUGGCCCGAUGUCCGAGAGCUCUGCUCCAAGUAUACGUCCCACGACAAGGCUGCCCAAGCUGAGAGCGGCUGGCCACGCGGCCUGCUGGUCAACCGGAGUCACUCCUUGCCUGAGAACAUAGUGGAGUCUCCUGCGUCUGGCAAGGUGGGCCGCUCCUGCAGCCUGAACACUAAGAGGUGCCAGGGAGGUGGGGAGGCCUCCCAGCCCCCACCUCCUGAGUCUCCUCCCCAAAGCAGGCUGAACGGAGAUGAAUCCCUGUAUAUCACCGCAGACCUUACCCUGGAGAACAACCAGCGAGUGAUUGUCAUGGAGAAGGGGCCCCAUCCUGGCUCCACUGUGGGGCUGGAGGAGGGCAGCAGGAAGGGACCGAGUUCAUUCGUAGCUUUGAAGGGACAGAGCCAAGGUUCUGAGGAGUCUGCAGAGUACCAGCCCAAGGAAGAAGGUCCCAAGGACCCAGCAGACACAAACAAGCAGGGUAGAGUGAGAAACCUGAGGGAGAAAUUCCAAGCCUUGAACUCUGUGGGUUGACUGACUCCUGAAGGAGAGAACAGCCACGCUGGGGACUGACGUGCUUCCAAACCGGGCCUGGCUCACUACGGCUGUUCCUCCAUUCUUCUGGAAGAGUGCUUUGGGGAGCACGUGUGAACUCACCUGCUGCCUGUGCUGGCACGUCCUCACCUCCCCAGGGAGGUCCUACGAUAACUGUCCUUAGGCCCAGAUGAGCCACGUAACUUGUAAAUACUUCUCUGAUAAGAAGCCAAAUAUUUUAUUUAAGCUGACUCUGCCCAGACAGAGCAAACACGGUCCUGGCUUCCCUUACUGGCUGGCCACUGCCUAGCUGAGGACCCAAGGGGAGACCUAGGGGCAGGCUUUGCUCUUUAACUGCCUUGUCUCAGGACCUAGGCAGGAAUGCAGCCAAUAAUUUAUUGCUUUCAAUCCUGUGGGGUGUGUGUGUGUGUGUGUGUGUGUGUGUGUGUGUGUGUCCUGUAAAGAACGGAACGGACUUAGUUCGGGUACUCUUGAAGGUUGUCUUGCUGGCCCCGUGCCCGUUGCUCGUGUACACACAUUUCAUUAUUCGCCAAUGGUGCAAUAACCACUGCUGACCGUCCAGCCAA